AUGGGUUUUGGGUCCGAUGAGGCCCUCCCAGCCCCCCAGGAGACGCCCUCCAAGAAGCGCAAUGGUCCAGACCAGGCAGUCCUGCACGACAGAUUCCAGCGCAAGCUGGUAUCGGGUCAGGCUGCGACUCGAGGAGAGAGAGCGGCGGAGGCCAAGCAGAGUGUGACUGUGACCGGGACCCCUCCCCCCGGGGCCAAGCUGACACCCCUAGAGCAGCAGGUCACAGAUCUCAAGAGGCAGCACCCCGGCGUCCUGCUGGUAGUGGAGUGCGGGUACAAGUUCCGCUUCUUCGGCGAGGACGCGGAGACGGCGUCCCGCAUCCUCAACGUCUUCUCCUUCCCGGACCACAACUACCUGGUGGCCUCAAUCCCGGCCCACCGCCUGCACGUGCACGUGCGGCGGCUGGUGGAGGCGGGCUGCAAGGUGGGCAUCGUGCGUCAGACCGAGACGGCAGCCAUCAAGGCCGCCGGUACGACGCGCAGCGCGCCCUUCCAGAGGAGGAUGACGGAGCUCUACACCCGUGCUACCCUGGAGGCGGGGGAGCUUGGCGAGUCGGCGUGUGAGAGGCCUGGGGAUGCCCCCGGCCAGCCUGGGGGGUCCGCCCGCUUCCUGGUGUGCGUCGUGGAGGCCGAGGGCGCCCAGGGGCGGUCUGGAGGUCUGGAGGUCGGCAUGGUGGCCGUGGAGACCGCCACCGGCGCCGUCCUCUUCUCCCAGUUCAGGGACUCGGUGCUGCGGAGCGAGCUGGAGGCGCGCCUGCUGUUCGUGCCCCCCUCCGAGGUCCUGGGGGUGCUGCGCUGGGGCGCCGGGUUCCAGCAGCUGAACACGCAGGCCGAGCUGGCCCUGUCCCCCAACACCCUCCGGCAGCUGGACGUGCUGGUGAACAGCAGCACCGGCCAGGAGAAGGGCAGCCUGCUCUGGCUGCUCAACCACACGCGCACAGCCUUCGGGGCGCGGCGCCUGCGGCACUGGGUGUCCCACCCGCUGAGGAUUGCCGCAGCUAUCACCGCCCGGCUGGACGCCGUGCAACAGCUGCGGGAGGACGACUGCACGCACGCGCCGCUGGCGGCGCUGCCAGGGCUCCUCCGCUCGCUGCCGGACCUGGAGAAGGGCCUGACCCGUGCGCUGCAUGGCACCACCGCCCCCUCGGAGUGCGUGGCCACGCUCUGCCCGCUGCUCGCCUCCCUGCUGGCGCGGGCGGGGUCGGAGGCGGUGCAGGCCGCGGCCCUGGAGGCGCUGGGCCCCCUGCCGGCGGUGCGCGGCGUGCUGGGCCUGCGCGCGCUGGAUUACGUCGCCAUCACUAACCAGAGCGACUACCUCAUUGACGUCCCUGUGGAGCUGGUUGGCAGGGUGCCCAAAGACUGGGAGCGGGUUUCCAGCGUGAAGAAGUCGGUGCGGUACCACCCACCCGGAGUCAAGGCGGCGAUUAAGGCGCUGGAGCUGGCGCAGGAGCACCUGGCGGCCGCCUGCCAGGAGGCGUGGCGCGACUGGCUGCGCGCCAUCAGCGUGAACCUGCCCCUCUUCCGCUCCGCGGCCGACGCGCUGGCGGAGCUCGACUGCCUCCUGGGCCUGGCCACGUUGGCGGGGAACAGCGGGUACGUCCGCCCCGACAUCCUGCCUGCCUCGCCCGAGGGCGGGCGGUUGGCCAUCACAGCCUGCCGGCACCCCAUGCUGGACGUCCAGCUGGGUCCGGACUUUGUGCCCAACGACGUGGCGUUGGGCUCCGGCCCCGGCGGCGAGCCCCGCGCGCUGGUGCUCACCGGCCCCAACAUGGGCGGGAAGAGCUGCUACAUCCGCUCCGCGGCCCUGGUGGCCAUCAUGGCCCAGCUGGGGUCCUUCGUCCCCGCCCAGGCCGCCAGCCUGGCGCCGUUUUGA